AUGAGUUUUACUCAUAAUCAAGUCUCUCAUAAUAUUUACUGGAUUCGAGAAGAGGAUACCAGACAAUGUUAUCCGUUGAUGUAUUUGAUAAUUGGCAGUGAGGAUAAAGGUAUGUUAGAAAAACAUCCGUUCGAAUUGAAAAAUAUUGUUCAGCGCUUUUAAUUGAUACUGGUUGUGGUUGCGGUAACAUUUAUUUUUAUUUGCGUUCGCUUCCAUUUAUGGAAAAUAUGAAAUUGAUUGUUGUCAACACACAUAACCAUCCUGAACAGGUAAAACAAUUAUUCUUGUUUUUUUUUUCAUUUUCAAAGAUCAAAUAAAAUAAAUAUGAUUGGUUUAGACGGGAGGUAAUUGGCGAUUCUCUACAACUGGGACAAAUGGUUUGGCACAUUUAGUUGAGGAUUUGUGUGCGGGACGGAAAAAUAAGUAUUAUACAAGAUUGAUGGAUACCAGUUGGCAUUGGGAUGUUCAAACUUAUAAAGUUACAAGAUGGUUGAAUGAUGGGGAUAAGAUUUUGUUGGGUGAUGAGGAUAAUUUGAAAAAUACUGUGCAGGUGGGUCAUUCACAAUCAGGAAAACAUAAAAUAUACAUAUUUUUUAAAUCACGCAGGUUUAUUUUAGGUCAUGUGGACACCCGGUCACACCCCCGAUAGUAUAGUCCUAUGGUACCCAUAUGCUAAUCGAUUAUUUGUUGGAGAUCUAUUUUAUCGCUUUGAUGACAUUAUGUUUUGGUAAGACCCUCAACCCCCAACUUCAAAUAUCAUCAACUUCUUUCAGUUAUCAAUACACAGAUAUGCGGCAAUACGAAAAUUCAGUGCGUAAAAUUUUGAAAUUUGUUGAAUCGCAAGAUGUUCAUGUAACAUAUUCGUCAUCGAAAAACGACACAGAUAAUAUUUGUCUUCCCAUUUUCAAAAUUUAUCACAGGUUUUUGCUUUCUGUAAUUGCCGGAACACAUGUUGGAACAGUUUUGAGGUUAGUUUGAAGAAUUAUUAAAAAUUUUCCAAAAUCGUUAAGAAAAACGGUUUAUCGGAUUAGUCGUGUCGAUUAUUCGAAAAAGAAAACUAUUUUUCAACAAAAUGAUUUGUUCUGAAAACCAAAACACCAUGUCAAAAACUUUCACAUUUUUGAAAUUUUCAACCUGAAAUUACUUACAUUUUCAGAAUCGACGAAGCUGAAGGUGUCCGCUAUGAAACUCGCGAUCAAAGUAUGCGAAUCGUAAUAGGGCGAAAAAUUGUACAAAAACUGAAUACAGCUAGAGAAAAAGCAACACAAAACUAA